GAACGAACAAGACUCGAGAAUUGUUGCUGUGAAAAUCACUGCAGAACUAUGGCAGCGAGAUGGGAAGAUGAUUUGCAAGGUUAUGACGUGGAUCGUUUUCAAGGAGAAAUCAGCGAGGAUCUGCUUUGUUCCAUUUGUCAGGAAGUUCCAAAGGAUCCCAGACUUUGCCAACACAAAGAUCAUAUAUUUUGUUUCGCUCAUAUAUCACGACAUCUCGUUCAAAACUCUCAAACAUGUCCAGUUUGCAGAGAUCCUCUGACUCAAGAAACCUUGAGACGACCAACAGGAUUUCUGAAGAAUUAUUGGGAAGGUCUGAAAAUCAAGUGUGAUCAUCAUGAACGAGGAUGUGCUGACUACGUUCGUCUGGAACAUCUUCCAAAACAUGUCGAGGAAUGUGGAUAUGCUCCUGUCAUGUGUCGUAAUGAAGGAUGUGAUACAGAGGUCAAUAGAAGAGAUAUUGAAACUCACGAGAAAGAUCUUUGUCAGUUCAGAAUCGCGAAAUGUCACGACUGUAAAGAUAUCAAGAAAAAUGUCGAUGAAACAAAAGUUGGAAUGACUACGAUAGAAAGAAAUCAGGAUGAAAUGAAGAAUAACGUGGAUGAAAUUAAGGCGAGUCAGGUUGAGAUGAAGAGAAAUCAGGAUGAAAUAAAACAAAAUCAGGAUGAGAUGAAAAGAAAUCAGGAUGAGAUGAAGCAAAAUAUGAACGAGAUGAGAGAACAGUUUGAGAGAAUAAUGAUGAUGAUGAACCAAACAUUUCAAAGAAAUAAUGCAAACAAGAAUGGUGCUAGUGCUAUGAAUCACGCAGGUCCAGUCAACAACCAAGAUAUUAUUAUUAUCGGUGGUCGGUAUGGCCUAGGAGAUGACAAGGUAUUAAAAACAGUCGAAAAAUACAACAUAGUAGAAGAAAAGUCAACUCCGCUGCCAGGAUUGAAUCAUCCUCGAACAGCAUCAGCAUCGUGUGCUUACAACAAAGACGUUCUUAUCGUUGGUGGUCACGAUGGUAAAGUAGGAACUGACACGAUUGAAGUUUUGAAGAUGAACCAUCAUCCUUUGCGAUGGACAAUGUUUGAUGGUAAACUGCCUGUCAAAUUAUAUGCUCAUGAAGUCAUAGUUUAUCAAGGAAAAUUAUAUACAAUAGGAGGAUAUGACGGAAAAGAAAGAAAAACAUGGAAUGCCAUUUAUGAGAUUGCUCUUACCCCACCUUAUACUGCGAAGCUGCUGACGAGAAUGCCUGAGGCAAUAAGAAGAUAUCACAGAGCAGAACAUGUUAAUGGAAAAUUAUUUAUCUUGGGUGGAGUAACAACCAUCCUUAGUAAAGAUGCUCUUGACAGCGUUGUUGUUUAUGAUUUCCAUAAGAAUGAGUUCAAGCCAUGUCCAUCGUUACCUCAGCCUGUUUUUGCUAUGUCCACAGUCACUUGGGGUCAUAUGAUCAUCGUCGUUGGCGGCUUCGAUAAAAAUGGUGUGGUGUUAAAUGACGUCAUAAUGUACGACACAGAGACUGGGCGAAGCGAGAGACUGCCCUCCAUGAUUCACAAAAGAAGCGACUGCUCUGUCGUGAUCAUGAAUGACGUCAUUGUCGUGUUUGGUGGAUGGAAUAAGGAGCAAGGAAUUCUCAACUCAGUGGAAUCUUUUACCAUUGGUGGAGAUGGCUGGAAAGAACUGCCAGGAAUGAUAGAAAAAAGACGCAAUGCUACUGCUGUAGUUAAACCUGUGUAGGAGAAUUUAAUGAAAAAUUUGAAGUAAAAGAGUUUGUCAUUUUGUCCAAGAUUGAGAUGAACACGAAGUUAUAAAUGAACAAUCAGUGAAUGAUUACAUGAAUUAGGUUUUCAAGUCUCUGAGCGCCGCUGACCACCACUGAUCUUUUAUGAAACUGGAUGAUUAAAGAUGUUUUGUAAUAAAAAUGAUAUUGUGAUAAUUAUAUCAUAUAUAACUGAUGUAGUCGCGUGUAUUUGUAAAUAUUGUAGAUAAAGACAGAAUAUUCGUAUAUAUUACUUGAUAUUGAAACUAAUCUUUAAAGCAUUUGAGAAUUGUUUAGAAUUAGAGACAAUAAUAAUGAACAUUUAUAAAACUAGGAUAGAAUAUGGACGCUGAG